AUGCCCCCGCACACCGAGUCGCCAAAGCCGCUGGAACUGACUGCGCUGGUGCCCAGUACGGGCGGCAACGACGACUACCGCUCGACUGACGCGUGGAUCGCCAAAGUCUUCAAGCGGCGGCGGUGGCGAACAGUCGCCAAGUCCCGCAAGGACAGUCGCGUCCAGCGCAAAGGGCUUUCGGGCGUCGACGAUGACGAGGAGCAGAGCUACCGUGACGAGCUGGCCAAGUACAUUGCCGAAGCGACUGCGUACUUGGCUGAGGAACUGCCCAACGAAGUGGACACGGACGCUUUACACAACGGGUAUCGGCCAAAGUCUCCGUGUGGAACUGUGCUCGACUGCAAUGCAGCAAAGGGGAACGAGUACGUGAAGCCGCCCGUUGACAUUCCGCGUACUUAUCGCACUCAGGACCUUCAAGGAGGUGUGCUCGUGGGCGGACAGUACGUGCUGUUCACGAACUGGGCGUUUAAACACCUUUUGCGUCGGAGGAGGUGUCUCGCGCCGUAUCCAGAGCACGAGUAUGAAAUGCUAUCGGCUUGUGGAGAGAAUACGAGCAAAGGAGUGUACUUUGGACAAGUGGUGGAGCUGUAG